AUGGUGAUCCGUACCCCCCGAAUUGUUGCGCGCGCGGUGAAGGUCGAGUUCAGCAAGCUUUUUGCUGGGCUCGCGCCUCACCUGCAGUCUUGGAAAGGACACUCGAAGACUCAGAAAGAAUCCAAGGACACUGUGACCAUUGAUCCCGUCUCCAAGGAGACAGACGACGUGCAAGGCGAAAUUCGACAUUCAGAUGGCGAGGAAGACAACGCCUCUUUCGAGGAAGGUGACGAUGCUACUGGUCUACAGCUAGGAGACGACCAUGUCUCGGUAGAACAUGUUGCAGAGGUCGAGGUCGACUCGAGUGAACCACACGAUACAACACAUCUCGAAGGCUCUAAGCUACGCUCUGGAGGCAUGGAUAGACCUGAUAGGAAGCUCAUUCUUCGCAAUCCAGAUGUUGCGCGCGCAGACAGUGGAGCCAUGAUGUCCUCCUCUGUGGUAGCAGGUGCCGCGAAGGGGGCAUGCAACGAUGAAAGCUCACCUGAGUCCAUUCACGAACCCCAACAUCGCCAAGAUCACAUUACCAUUCCCCACGGCUCUCUUAUCGCACAACAGCUUCAGACAGCUGUACGGGAGCACCGGACAUUGAAAUCCCUGGAGCACGAUGCCGAUGAACAGCUGGAAGCUCUUGAGAAUCAAGCUAGUACCAUCUCGAAGCAAGCACAAGGGCUCCACGACUUGAUCCAGGACUUGAAGGCUGGUCAGACGAGUACGGAGGUAUCAUCAGAGAUUGAUGCCUUAUAUGGCGCCAUCUCCGACCUCCGCGAAGCAGAGGAAGACAAUUGGCAGCGACAGCAGAGAUUGAAGCGCCACAUGUCAGAGCUCUACCAAGACUUCCGGAACGAGCAAUGCGUGCUAUUCGACGCUUUGGACACAACGCUUGUGAGUCAGGGCCUUCUUCCGCAUGCGAUGCGAUCCGCACCAGCGGAAAGCAGCGAUGCAGACGGCUCGGCAAUGCCCACCCAGCAGCUGCGAAGAAGUACGACGAAUAUCACCAAAGCAUUGAAUCGUGCGGAGGAUUCUGAACAAGUCGCAAGCGCAGCUAAGACCCGAGCAACUCUUCUCAAGGACUACGUCAACAAGCGAGCAGAGUUAGAAACUUGCGAGGUGCGCUUCUAUACUAAGGAGGCCCUCUUUGAUGAGCUCGAGAGGAGUCGUCUCAAGCAGAUAGCGGCCGGUGAGGAGGUGGAAUCAGUGACAGAAUUCGACCUCUGCGUAUGCGAAGAAACGAGACAGAUGACUCGAGACCUGAUCAAUGCCGAAGCCGAGUACGAAGUAUCCAAAGCAGCGGCCGUUGCAGCUGGACUCCAGCUCAAAUACUCAGAUAUUGAAUCUGGAUUUGUGGACGAUAUCGAUGAUGGAUACCGAGUGAGUAUGGAGAAAGACAUGAUCAAGGAGUGCAAUCGGGGUAGGGUCGAGGACUGGCUGGCUGAGUUGGAAGACAAGGAGUGCCCGACGCGGUACCUUUCUGUCCGUGACUUUGAGGGAAUGGACUUGGUAGACGGAACGGGCGUUUCAGCAUUGCAGGACGUGGGUAUUUGCGAUAGCAGGAGCAUGGUCGCCGAGGGUCCUUCGCGCAGGAGAAUCGACAGGUGGACGGCGCAGUCUUGGUAG